UAUGACCCAGCGGACAGGGUGGUACAAUAGCCCCGUUAUGCCGUAAUGCGGAGAGCUUGCUGCUAACUCUGGGAAAUACUGUCCCCCAAAAAAUACCGUUUUACUAAGAGUCUGCGGUGUUUUAUAUGUGAGGAAUUGGGUGAUAGAAAUCACGAGUCUCAAUAAGCUGCGGCAUUUACCGCUGCCCCAAGGGAUGAGAGGAGGUUGGUUGGAGUGCACCAGAGGAAGACUUUGUGACGUGACAUUUAUGGAUACGUCAGGAUGAAACGGCUCAGGUCUUCAAGCAGCAGUGACAGUUCUGACAAUGAGAGUCCUUCCACCUCAUUCUGCUCCUCUAACAAGUAUGGAAGCAAACCUGGAACCCCUGCUCCCAUGCCCAAGAAACCAGCAGAGGUGUUCAGGAAAGACCUGAUCAGUGCCAUGAAGCUGCCAGACUCUCACCAUGUCUCCCCUGAAGACUAUUACCUGUUGGGGGACACCUGGAGACAGGAGUGGGAGAAGGGGGUGCAGGUGCCGGCCUUCCCUGAAACCAUCCCACACGCCUCUAUCAGGAACAUAGCGGAGAAGCCUAAGGAGACGGUGUUCACCCUACAGAAGAGGUAUAUCCAGUGUUGGAGCCAGGCCUCGGCAGAGACGGGUUACGUUAACAUCAAGGAGCUGGCUGAGGCCAUGUGCUCUUAUGACCUGGAUAACAUGGACCUCUACUGGCUGCAGGCACUCAACGCUGAGCUGGAACACAUGGGGGAGGGGCCUGUAGACGAGCUGACAAUGGAGCGCACCAUGGAGGCGUUGGAGCGUCAUUGCCAUGACAACAUGAACCACGCCAUCGACACGGUAGAAGGGCUGGGCAUCGAGUACGACGAGGAUGUCAUCUGUGACGUGUGUCGCUCCCCCGACAGCGAGGACGGCAACGACAUGGUCUUCUGUGACAAAUGUAACAUCUGUGUUCAUCAGGCGUGUUACGGUAUAGUGAAGGUACCAGAUGGUAACUGGCUGUGCAGGACCUGUGUCCUGGGCAUCGACCCCCAGUGUCAGCUGUGCCCCAUCAAGGGAGGGGCGAUGAAGGCUACGCGGGCGGGCACCAAGUGGGCACACGUUAGCUGUGCCCUGUGGAUCCCUGAGGUGAGCAUCGCGUGUCCAGAGAGGAUGGAGCCCAUCACCAAAGUGUCUCACAUCCCCCCCUCCCGCUGGUCUCUCAUCUGCAGCCUCUGUAAACUGAAGACUGGAGCCUGUAUACAGUGCUCAGUGAAGAACUGCACCAUCCCGUUCCAUGUGACGUGUGCCUUCGAGCACAGCCUGGAGAUGAAGACUGUCCUGGAUGAAGGAGAUGAGGUGAAGUUCAGGUCCUACUGCCUGAAGCACAGCAAGCCCAAGAACCAGGCCUCCUCCGACCCACCAGCCCCCGGGCUCAGCCCCUGUCAACCAGCCCACAACAAGCAGUCCAAGGCAGGGGAGCCAGGCUCUGGUCUCAGUCCGGCCCGGCCCAAACCCCCCGUAGACCCAGAGAGGGGGGGCCUGAGGGCCCAGAGGUUGCUAGAACUAGAGGAGGAGUUUUCUACUCUGAUUCACCCUGAGGAGCUGGCCCUGAACCUGGGCCUCCCUCCCAGCCUGCUGGACUUCAUCUACCAGUACUGGAAACUGAAGAGGAAGAGCAACUUCAACCGUGCUCUGCUGCCCCCUAGUGAGGAGGAGGGUAACCUGCUGUUGUUGCCUCAUGAAGACAGCAUCCACACACGAAUGAGGAUGUUCAUGCACCUCCGACAGGACUUAGAGAGGGUGAGGAACCUGUGUUACAUGGUGAGUCGGAGGGAGAAGCUGAAACUGUCUCAGAGCAAGGCCCAGGAGCAGAUCUUCAACCUCCACGUCAAACUGCUCAACCAGGAGAUCUCCGCUGGUUUGCCGGUGGACAGCAUGUUGUUCCGGCCUCCUCCCAGAAUCACCCUGACGCUGAAGAUGCCCAAAGUGUCGCUGGGUAACGGGAAGACCGGCUCCAAGUCAGGCAACGGCCCCCUGUGUCCAGAUAACAGCGGGAAUGUUCACGAACGUAGUGGGGGAGGGAAGGGGCUAGGGAAGGAGGGAGGGGGAAGGAGGGGGCUGGGUAAGGGGGGAGGAGGGUUGGGUAAAGGAGGAGGGAAGCCUCAGUUCCAUGGGCGAGGCAGAAGAGAGGAGCGCUCCAAUGGCAGUCUACUGUCAACCUCUACCUCAGGUCAGUCAUUUAGAGAGAGCAGUACCACCACUGGACCAGCACUGACCAACAGCAUGUCCAGAGGCUCAGCCCUGCCUAUCAAAUCUACUGGCAAGCCCCUGACUGGCAAAACCUUAACGGGUAAACCCCUGGUGCUCCACGGCCAUUCCUCCAAUGGAAAUGUUCAACUGGACCCAGACCGAGCGGGCCACAUCCCCAAAUCCAACGGUGUGAUGGAGAAGAUGGUGGGCGUGACCCAGAAGGACACCGCCUGUCAGACCCCCAGUGAACAGGAAGCUGGUGAGGGGUCAGGGGGCAAGGGCAGCCAGUCAGCCAGCUUCAAGAGGUCAACCAUGGAGCACUUCAGCCGGUCGUUCAAGGAGGCGACGGUCAGUUUGGUGCGGACCACGGAGGACCUGCGGGGGGACAAGGUGUCCCAGGGGGGUAAAGGCUCCAGAUCAGCCCAGGACCGGCCCUGGGCCAAACCAGUUCCCGGAGUCCCCCAGGGACUCGGUGGUACCAGAUCAGCCCAGGACCGACCCUGGGCCAAACCAGCUCCUGGAGGCCCCCAAGGAGCCAGUGGUACCAGACCACCACCCUACCAGGAGACGGAUGGAUACUGCCCUGACCUGGAGCUCAGUGACUCGGAGCCAGAGGCUCAAGGUCAGAGGUGGAGGCAGGGUAGGGGUGACUCGGGGGGCCAGGCAGGAGGAGACUACAGCAGAGGGAAGCAGGGCCUGGGGGGGUCCAGUAGAACCUCAGCACAGAGGUGACAUCCCUGACCCCUCACCUACUGUAGACACUGGCCCCAGUUCUGUCACCGCUCUGUCAUUCCCUCUCUGACCACUGGAGCCCUGACCAGCCAUAGAGCAGCAGGGGCCAAUCGCAGCCAUCUAUUGGUAAACUGGGACCUGGGCCCCCUACACUGGCUGGGGCAUCUAUCUAUUGGUCAACUGGGACCAGGCCCCCUACACUGGCUGGGGCAUCUAUCUAUUGGUCAACUGGGACCAGGGCCCCCUACACUGGCUGGGGCAUCUAUCUAAUGGUCAACUGGGACCAGGCCCCCUACACUGGCUGGGGCAUCUAUCGAAUGGUCAACUGGGACCAGGCCCCCUACACUGGCUGGGGCAUCUAUCGAAUGGUCAACUGGGACCAGGGCCCCCUACACUGGCUGGGGCAUCUAUUGGUCAACUGGGACCAGGGCCCCCUACACUGGCUGGGGCAUCUCUCUAAUGGUCAACUGGGACCAGGCCCCCCUACACUGGCUGGAGCAUCUAUCUAUUGGUCAACUGGGACCAGGGCCCCCUACACUGGCUGGGGCAUCUAUCUAUUGGUCCGCUGAGACACAUACAGACAGGAGGACUGAUGCAUGAUGGGCGUCCAGAUCAUCACGUUAAUGGGACUCUGACAUGUCUCCUGUUACCUCUUAUCUCUCUCCAUGCUCUCUGUGAGCAGUGUUGUCUUCUGAGAUUAAACAACUGGUCUGUU